GAGGGGAAGUUGCAAGUAACCCAACUUCAACCCACAAGAUCGUGGCACAGCGCAAGACCAUUCGGGUUGUUAUUCUAAGUGAUAAUGAAUACAAUUAAAGCUAUUAAAAAUGCAAUAGUCUGUCUCAUCUUGCUGCCCCGUUUUCUGAUGGCAGCAGUCAUGUUUUGGCUGCUUGACUUUUUAUGCAUAAGAAAAAGGGUUUUCUUCAGGAUGAAGGAGCCGGAGGGCGAUGCCAUCGAUCCUCCUCUAUGCAUAUCGGACUCCAAUCGUCUCUUCAGCCUGGAAUCCCUCAAGGCAGUGUGGCACGGCCAUAAACUGGACUUUCUGAAAGCAGCGCAUCUCGGACACGGAGCGCCCAACACCGAAGUUGUUCAGCUGAAGGAUCAGCGGCGCAGCCGCAUCCUCGAUUACGCAAAGGACAAGAGACCGCUCAUCCUCAACUUUGGCAGCUGCACCUGACCACCGUUCAUGGCGCGUCUGAAGGCUUUCCAGGGAGUCGUGCAGAAGAACGAAGAUAUAGCAGACUCUGUAGUUGUGUAUAUCGAGGAAGCGCACCCCUCUGACGGCUGGAUGAGCACUGACGCGCCCUAUCAGAUCCCCAAACACCGGUGUCUGGAGGACCGGCUGAGCGCUGCACAGCUGAUGCACCUGGAGGUGCCCGGCUGCCUGGUCGUGGUCGACAGCAUGGAAAACUCCUCCAACGCUGCGUACGGAGCCUAUUUUGACCGACUUUACAUACUGCAGGAGGGAAAGAUAGUUUACCAGGGUGGCAGAGGACCUGAGGGGUAUCGGAUCACAGAGCUCAGAGACUGGCUGGAUCAAUACAGAGAAAAGCUGGAAAAAUCCAGUAAUCUAGUUAUUAAUGUGUAGAUUCAUUCUCAUGUUUUAGAGCUGCUAUGACGAAAACAAAAAUGCUGCAGAUGUUUCAGUAUUAGAACUCCAAUUAGAUAGAUUUUCUCCGUCAAUAACGGUUUAGGUGUAUUUAUUUUUGAUAUGGUCGGAUCAAAGUAAUUUGUUCAACAUUGUAGGAUGUACUGCAGUAGGCUCCUUCAUGUCAUAUUGGACAUCUGUCCUGUUAGGAUCCACCCACAAAAAUUGUUAGUUUGUCUGGACCUUGUUUGUGAACAAAAUUAUUUGUGUCAAAACUUUUGUUUUUAUUUCUUCUCCUCGUGUAAAUGCGCCUUUAAUGAAUCAGUCAGGAUCUUGAUAUGUGCGCAUCACCGUGCUCGUCAGUAUUAUCGUGAAGUUCGGUUUUUAAACGGCUGAAUCCAGAGAACCGAUACUGAUGUUUUUCAUACUGGAGAUCAUGGUGAAGGUGUUGCUCUCUGCACUGCAUGGCACAACUGUUUUGUAAAUAUUGUUCCGUUUUAUGGAUAUAUUUUUCAUACAAUAAAAUGCUUUGAUCUACUCA